AUGGCCGCCCGUCGGAGCCAGAGGCGGAGGGGGCGCCGGGGGGAGCCGGGCACCGCCCUGCUGGCGCCGCUCGCGCUGGGCCUGGGCCUGGCGCUGGCCUGCCUCGGCCUCCUGCUGGCCGCGGUCAGCCUGGGGAGCCGGGCAUCGGCGCCCGCCCAGGAGCCUUCCCAGGGGGAGCUGGUGGCGGAGGAGGACCCGGACCCGCCGGAACUGAAUCCCCAGACAGAGGAAAGCCAGGAUCCUGGGCCUUUCCUGAAGAGGCUGGUUCGGCCUCGCAGAAAUGGUGCACGGGGGAGGGGGGCGAGGCCCAGGAGAGCAGUGGCCUUAUGUACUGAACCGGUCCCCCGGGAGCGUGAGAAAGUCCUGAGCUCUGAACACCGCCCUUCAGGUGUGGACGGCACGGUGAGCGGCUGGGAAGAGGCGAAAAUCAACAGCUCCAACCCACUGCGCUAUGACCGCCAGAGCGGGGAGUUUCUCGUCAUGCGGGCCGGGCUCUAUUACCUGUACUGUCAGAGCCCUGAUGCCCUGGAAGCCUGGGAGAAUGGGGAGAGGGCCCGGAGAAAGAGAGACGCACUCACGCAUAAGCAGAAGAAGAAGCACUCCGUUCUGCACCUUGUCCCCAUCAACAUCACCUCCAAGGAGGACUCCGAUGUGACGGAGGUGAUGUGGCAACCGGCCCUUAAGCGUGGGAGAGGUCUGGAGGCCCAAGGAUACGUUGUUCGAGUCUGGGACGCCGGAGUCUAUCUGCUGUAUAGCCAGGUCCUGUUCCAUGAUGUGACUUUCACCAUGGGUCAGGUGGUGUCUCGGGAGGGCCAGGGAAGGCAGGAGACUCUCUUCCGAUGUGUCCGAAGCAUGCCCUCCAACCCGGACUGGGCCUACAACAGCUGCUACAGCGCAGGUGUCUUCCACCUACACCAAGGGGAUCUUCUGAGUGUCACCAUCCCCCGGGGGAGGGCAAAACUCAGCCUCUCUCCGCAUGGAACCUUCCUGGGGUUUGUGAAACUGUGAUUGGGAUAUGGAUGAUGGUGUUGAGCUCGGAAGAUGAGGGUGGGUACAAAUCGGAGACAGCCAAGAGCGAAUAGGAAGGAGCAGACGCCUCUUCUGGGUUUGACGGGAACCCUGGGUUUGACGGGAACCCUGGGUUUGACAGCUCAUCAAUCUCCGCUCCUCCCUUUUCCCGACCCACCCCCACCCCGGAGACUUUGAUUUCAUGGAUAUUAAAGAGGUGUAAUACCUUGCUUUUGUCCCCCA